UGAAGAAAAUGUGUGCAACUAGUGAAAGAAAAUUGCGAAUUUUAUUUGUUUGCAUUGGAAACUCCUGUCGUAGCCCUAUGGCUGAGGCUGUGAUGAAGAAUCUCCUACCGCAAUCAUCCACAUGGGAAAUCGAUAGUGCAGCGAUAGCAUCGUGGAAUGUGGGGCUCCCUCCGGAGCCCAGGUGUUUAAAAGUUCUCCAGGAACACGGAAUUGAUACUUGCCACAUCGCCAGGCAAGUCAACCAAGAUGAUUUCUACAGAUUUGACUUUAUUUUUGGAAUGGACCCUAGAAAUGUUGAAGACCUCGAGAAGUUGGCUCCUCCAGACUCACCAGCAAAGAUUGAACUUCUUGGACGGUACGACAGUGAGAGGGAUAAUAUAAUUCUUGACCCGUAUUUUGAGACAGGAGAUCAUGGAUUUAGGCGGUGUUUUGAGCAGAUCAGUAGGAGUUGUGUAGGAUUUCUGAGAAUUCACGGAGCGACAAGGAGAUGUCACGCUGCCGAUUGAUCUUCAGCAGUUACAUUCUGGAUGAAUUUGUCCCACUGUGCAUGAAACAUGUCACUCACAGUCAUCCAUUCUUUGUCCGACAGGACGCUUUGCCUAGAAAAAAUUUAUUUAUGUUACAUCUUAAGUAUUAAAGCUCGAUGAUUCUUACUCAA